AUGAAAUCACAUGCUCAUGAUGCUGCCUCUAAAGCCCAAGACAAAUAUGAAGAUGCCAAGGAUUCUCUCAAGGACAACAAGGAUUCAUUAAAAGCCGAGAAGAACCCCAUGGUGAAAGAAAAGGUUUCUCCGAUCAAGACCAAGUCUCAUCCUGAGGAAAUUUUAGAAAGUGAAGCUGAACACCGUGUCAAGGACACCAGUGGUCUUGUAGGCAAAGACACUGAUAAAGUCAAGCCUGUUUGGGACGAUAAGGGUGCUAAAGAACGAUCUGCCAACAGCCCUAAGGUGGUUGUGGAUCAUGAUCAUUCCAAAGGUGGUUUUCUAGGUGGUAUCUUUGGUUCUUCUGAUUCUGACAAGCACGACAACAAUGUUGUUCAUAAUGAAAGAAUGCCCUCUGACCCCACCAAGCCUGCAUGGGAAGUUGAUCUUGAACGCCAUGCACAUGAUAAUGUCCGCGAUACCUCUGGUUUAGUUGGCAAAGACACAGACAAGGUCCGUGCUGUCUGGGAAGAAAAGGCCGUUCGUGAUGACGGUCGUCAUGCUCAACCCAAGGAACAUUCUGAAAGCUUUUGGUCCAAUUUGUUUGGUAAGACCAACGAUACUGCCUCUGAUAUCAGCCGUGAAGCUACACACGAAAAGGACAAGUUGAAGCAUCAAUAUGAACAAGACAAGGAAAAGGUUGGAUCCAUGUGGCAAGAUGUCAAGGACAAGGCCAGUAUGAAGGCUAAAGAUGUUGAACAUGAAGCCCAUCAAAAGACAAGCCAAUUACAGUCUGGAUGGAACAAGGUCAAGAAUGAAGCUCAAUCGGUUGUCUCUGGUGCUCAAGAAACCGCUUCAGAUGUCUCGGGUCGUCUCAAGGCUGAAACCGACAAAGCUUCUGCUAAUGCUCAAUACGAAAAGGAACGCUUAAAGCGUGGUGCUGUCGAUAGUCUUCAAGAAGGCAAGGGCCGUCUUGGUAGUGGUCUGAAUGAAUUACAGCGUGAAGCUUCUUCCGGUGCUGAGAAAUUGAAGGCUCAAACAGAAGAAACUGCCAAGAGUUGGUAUCAAUCAGGUACUGAACAUGUCAAGAGUGGUAUUUCUACUGUCAAGGAUGUUGCUGACCAAGAACUCCAAUGGGCUGAACAAAAAGCACAAGAAGCCAAGAAGGAAGUUAGCCAAUUGCUCUCUCCACGCAAACCAGAAAAUACCGGUUUAAGUGGCCAUGUUAAGCGUGGUGAACGCUAUGCUGAAGUGGAGGAAGGUGUAUUGAGACCCACUCGUCCUAAUACUGACUUGAAGCCCGCCGAAGUUGUAGUUGAGAAUGCUUCUGGCAAGGAAAUUCGACCCAUUAUCACCCGAGCUAUGUCUCGACCUAUGGUGAGACUUCUUCCUGUUCAGUUACGUCCGCUGAGUACGACACUUGUCAGAAGAGAGCAAUAUUUACAUGGCUAUAAUGAUCAUGAGCGAUACCAUGGUGAAUAUCCGAGCCGUACUCAUUACUGUGGCGAUUUGCGUGCUUCUGAUGAAGGACAGCGUGUUGUGUUAUGUGGCUGGGCACUCUCUUCAAGAGACAUGUCUCAAGAAUUGAUCUUUUUGCCAUUAAGAGAUCAUACAGGUGUUACACAACUUGUCUACCGAGAUUCGAGCAACAGUAACCUCAAGACGCAGAUUCAAUCCUUGUCUGCAGAAAGUGUGGUUUGUGUUGAAGGCAUUGUCAAAAAGAGACCUGAAGGCAUGUCCAACAAAAAACAAGCGACAGGCGAUAUUGAAGUCGAAAUCGUUCAAUUGUAUUGUCUGAAUCCUUCCAGUCCUUCUUUGCCCUUUUGGCCAAACCAAGCACAACUCCCUAAUGAAGAAGUCAGGCUUCGUUAUCGUUAUCUUGACUUGAGAAGACAAGAACUUCAACACAAUCUUCGCAUUCGAUCUCUAACAGCCAAUACUGUCAGAAACUAUUUGACUGAACAUGGAUUUACAGAGAUUGAGACACCUACUUUGUUCAAGUCAACACCUGAAGGUGCACGUGAGUUUAUUGUGCCUACAAGAAAAAGAGGUGCAUUUUAUGCAUUGCCUCAAAGUCCUCAACAACAUAAACAAAUGUUGAUGGCAGCUGGUUUUGAUCGUUAUUUCCAAAUUGCCCGUUGUUUUCGAGAUGAAGAUUUACGAGCAGACCGUCAACCUGAAUUUACACAGAUUGAUUUAGAAAUGUCUUUUUGUAAAAUGAAAGAUGUGCAAGGUAUUAUUGAGGGUAUGGUCACCACUAUCUGGGAUAAAGUACUCGGUAGAAAACUGUCUAAAAAGGAUUUCCCUUCUAUGACUUAUCAUGAAGCCAUGUCCAAGUAUGGAUCUGAUAAGCCUGAUGUUCGUUUUGACAUGAAGAUCAAUGAUAUUGGUUCUUUUAUGCAAGAUAUUGUGAACAAUGAAGCAAUGGAUUGUAUGGUCGUCAAAAAAGGUGCUGCUAUCACCGGCGGUGAAUUAAAAGCUAUGCAAAAGAUACUGGAUUUGACAGACGACAAGAACUUUAACUUUAUCAAGAUCAAUGAAAACAAUAUGGGUUCAUGGCCAUCCAAAUGCAGUACUUUACGCCAUUCAAAACAUAUUGGCAGCAUAGAGAGUCAUUUAAACACAACACUUGAUAUUCAACAAGGUGAUUUAGUGGUUGUCUAUAAGCGACUCAACUAUCUUUAUGGUGGUAAUACAAUCAUGGGACGAGUGCGUCUACAUCUUUCUAGCUUAAUGCAAGAAAAGAAACUACUUCAAUUAGACCAAGAGAAAUACAAAUUCUUAUGGGUCGAAUCCUUCCCUCUCUUUACACCCGACGAAGAAGGUAUUCGAACAUGGCAAGCAACACACCAUCCCUUUACAGCACCCUUUGAUCAAGAUAUACCCUUACUUGCCACAGAACCAGCCAAAGUAAGAGGUCAACACUAUGAUCUUGUAUUGAAUGGUAUGGAAAUUGGUGGUGGAUCCAUCCGUAUCCAUUCCCCUGUGAUGCAGACAUUUAUUCUGGAAAAAGUGCUCGAGUUACAAAAGCAUGAAUACAACCGUUUUGAUCAUUUGAUUGAUGCUUUGGGUGGAGGAUGUCCUCCUCAUGGUGGCAUUGCUUUAGGCUUUGAUCGAUUGAUGGCUAUUUUGUGUGAAUCAAGCUCAAUUCGAGAUGUGAUUGCUUUCCCCAAAGCUGCUGGUGGUAAAGACUUCGUGGUGAACAGUCCUUCUGAAGUGACAGAGGCUCAAUUAAAUGAAUAUGGGCUUCAGUUGUCUCGUGUGAAAUAA